UGGAGAGUUUAUGAGGCAAAAGCUUGGGGUUUUUUUUUUCUUCUUCUUCUUCAGAGACUCAUCGAUCUGGGAAACCCUAAUUUAUUUGAUCAUAUUAUUUCCAAAUGUCAAAUGAAGAAGGGAAGAAUCUAUACCAGCCGUAUGAUCCAUUCCAUUACAACCAGCUGGAUAUGAACCGUUCGAUCUUCCAUCAGCAGCACCCACCGUUGGAUCCUGCUUUGAUGAGCUUCACUAACUUCUUGGACACCUCGUUGGACUACAACAGCCUGUCGAGAGCGUUCGACGUGUCGUGCUCUUCAUCUGAAGUCAUUUCUCCGGUGGACGACGUGUCGAAAAACAAGGCUUCUUGUGGAGGCAAGAAUUUGAACCAAUCUUCAACCACCCAGAAUUCUUCUGUGUCGUCUUCGUCUAAUGAGGCCGUCGUUGAAGAAGAUUCAAUCAAGAGCAUCAAAGAGGACCCAAAAGAUGAAGAAAAGUCCAAGAAACAGAACAACAUAUCAAAAAAGAAAGAGAAGAGGCAGAGGGAGCCACGGUUUGCUUUCUUGACAAAGAGUGAGAUAGAUCACCUUGAAGAUGGAUAUAGAUGGAGAAAAUAUGGACAAAAGGCAGUAAAAAACAGUCCUUACCCAAGAAGCUACUACAGAUGCACGAGUCAAAAGUGUUUAGUGAAGAAGCGAGUGGAAAGAUCAUAUCAAGAUCCAUCUGUGGUGAUUACUACAUAUGAAGGUCAACACAACCACCAUUGCCCAGCUACACUCCGAGGCCAUUCUGCUGGAAUCAUGUCGUCUCCGUUUUAUGCAUCCGCGGCGUCGACGUCGCUCACCGCACCCUCCUCUGGUCCUACGCUUCCUCAUGAACUCUUUUCGCAUUUGUUACCGACCAACUCUCGAGCCGACCCGGCAUCGGGGAUGUACCAGAAUCUAAGCCUUCAAAUGCCUGAUCAUUAUGGUUUGUUGCAAGAUUUGUUCACUCAAAAAUAGGAUCUUUCCUUAUCAGAAUAAUAUCUAUAUUGUGUAUAUAUUAUAUAUAUUUCCUGGCUAUUGUAUUAGGAUAAACCCAUGUAGCUAACAUAUAAUGGAGGCGUCAGAACCUGUCCUACGUUGUUUAUCAUGCAUGUUUUUGCAUUGUCUACGUAUGUAAAAGACCAAUUUUCUCUCCAACAUUUUUGGAGGGUGUUUUUAUUUAUAUUUGAUUUUGGUUCAUCAUC